UCUCAUGAUCUCACUUUCUGGUGUAGUAUCCAAAGAUUCCUACUAAAAUAAUUCGACAUUUUUCUGCGCGGUGAAAGAGUGAAAAAAAAGAAGCUCAUUGUUUGCAAGUCACGAGGCUUUAAACGGGUGGUACACCUCCUGACUUCGACGAGGCUGCUUCUCAGGAUGGCUGAUGGAGGCGAAGAUUGUUAUUCAACAUCCGAUUUGCACUUUGAUGUUACGGUGGUUGACUCCAGUGAUGGCGAAACUGACAGCGACGAUGUCAGUGAGGAGUUUAGUGAGGAUGACGAUGUUGUGAACCUGUCUGGUAGUGAAGAAGAAGAAGAAUUCCAAUUGGAAGAUGAGGAAGAAGAGCUAAUUGACGAGGAGGAGGAAGGACAAUUUUCAAAAGAGCCAGGGAAGCUAGAUAAAGGUGGAGGAUCAGAAGAACCACAUGAGGAUGGUGUUGACAACGAUGAAAAACCUCCACCCAACUUCUCCAAAAUUAUGCAUUUGGUUAGAAAAAGAUUUUAUGGCCGAGGAGUGGAUACAAGGUUUGUCAACAUCCUGACUGACUUUGCAGACGCGGAGAUUUUCCUGAUCGACGGCGACUCCUUGCUGUUAGAAAUCAUUGGUGAAAAAAGCUUGGAUUGGAAUAACGGGGGGCAGUUUCUGCAUCUUACAUACUUAACAGAGCGAUUUUUGCAAAAGUUCACAGAGAAAGGUGGCGUUUUCCACAUCGUCUUUUUUAAAGAAAUGGAAAUCAUCUGGAGAAGUAAUCCGUCCCUGCUGCUCGCUCGAGAAGCUCUUAUUCUUCAUCUCCAGCGCAACACAGAUUUAAUUGUGAAAACGUCAAUGGUAGAUUUCUGGGGACAGGAGUGGAAAGAUUACGUUAAUGACGAAGUUCCUGCCUUUUUGCUGUUGACGGAUGCUGAAAACAUUCCCUGGAAGGAUGGAAAGCUAAAAGAAACAAUGCAAUAUUUUUUCCGGUGUUUCUUGUUUCAUUGUCUCGCGCAUGGAUUGAAUUGCGUGUUCGUUUCUGGCAUCGAGAUAACUGCGACCAAAGUGAUGGGAUUUUACAUCUAUUCAUCGGCUAUUCACAAAAACUACUUUAUGACGUUUGAACAGCCAAUUUGGAAAACAUGGCAAUAUCUGGUGAGUUACUGGAAGGAUCAGGCAUAUAAAUACUCUCCAAGAUGGUCGGACACGUUUCCUGGAGACGCUCUGGUGGACGAACCUCAGAUUGACAUAGAGGCAGAAGUUCGCAAAGCUCUUCAGCCUCCACUCCGACAAGGCGGCUGUCGACAAGUUACCGCAGUCCUUGGGUGUGCACUGAUCCUCUUUAAAGCUCUCAAGGACCCUAGAAGCACCAAGGAAAAGAUGAAAACUGUAGAGGACAGAAUGAAGCUUUUUUUGCUUCACAUUGUAUUACUGAACAAACUGCCGUUGAAGUGUAGAGCUCACCUCAUAGAAGAGAACUUGUUAAAUGAAUUCUGUAAAGCAAAUGAUGAUAACGUCUAUCCCUUUAACGAGAUCUAUACGUGUUUAUGGGAGAUUUUAAAGACAAUACAAGUUGUGCAGAGAGAUGCAAGUAGAGACCAAACAGGCAAUGACUUUUUUAAGUCAGUAGCAGAUUUAAUGGAUGGUCGUUUUGUCCAUACCCUCUUUUCCGUUGUCUUGGAGCAAAGGUCAAAAGGCGUUGAAGGACUCAAACUAGCAGGGGAUGUCAUCACGGAAGUAGAAGAUGCGUGGCGAAAUGCUGUAGAUGUUGUAAACAGGUCAUGCGGUUCCCAUUCCCUCGAAGCCCAGUUUUUUCCCUUUGCCGAGGAUUUGGCAGAUUUUCAUGCGGCAGUAGUUUCGGUUGUGCAUUCUGAUGCAGACUCCACCAUGAAGCUUAAGCGACUUACUGAGGUGGAAAGCGAUCUUGUGAAUGACUAUGCUGGGGAUAUUCGGUCAGAAAUUAACGCCAUGGCUGAAGAAACGAGUGAUGACGAAAUACCUAAUGUUGGUCGAGAAUUUGACGAACGAUAUCACUGGCAUUCUCUAAUGCCUCUUUCUGAUGAUUACGACAGAACAAAGAAAUCUAUUACCGAUAAUCCCCCAGACAAUCCUUGGCAAAAGAAACGGUAUUUUAGAGAUAAGCAGAAAUAUGUUCGCUUUCAAAGAUUCUACGGCAAUUCACUGGUUGGUGGCACUGAUCAACAAAAAAUCAUCACAGUCAAAGAAACAGGAUCAAAGAAAAAAAAAGGAAAAAGAAAGGAAAGUAAACAGAGCAGAAAGGCUGCAGAAAUAAUCAAGAAAAAUAUUAAAAAAAGCAUUGAGAAAGCGGAAUUGAAAGAUCAAGAAAAGUGGGAUAUCAUUGUGAGGGACAUGGAAAAAAGUCUGAAGAGAAAUGACUUCAGAACUGUCCUUAAAUUGGUUGAUAAAUAUCUGUUAGUUUGCAAAUCUCCAGAACUUCGUCUUCGCGCGCUCAUGACUAAAGUCGACAGUUGCUUUGAGGCCUGGAAACAGACAAGAGAUGCUGACCCAGAAUCUAAUGAUAUGAAAUAUCCUGUACUUUUGAUGGAAAGUGUACAUAAAAUAUCUCAAGACUUGCCAAGUGUUCUGAAUGAUAAAAACAGAAAGAAACUUGCUAGAAUUAUGCAAAAUUUGGGAUUUGACGACCUUGUUCCUUUGUUUUAUGAGAUGCCACCAGAUCGUGAGAGAAGGACUGAACGGCUUUUUGUUCACAACACAAGCACCAGAUUCCAACUUGAAUACAUGGGGCAUUUGCUGAAACGGGAAGAGAGAACCGAUCCGGACCCUCGGAUUGAAAAUUUUAUUCCGGAUACAUGGCAGCGCGAACUUCUCGAUGCUGUCGAUAACAAUGAAUCAGCUGUUAUAGUAGCACCAACUUCUUCAGGAAAGACUUACGCUUCCUACUACUGCAUGGAGAAAGUUCUGAGGCAAGACAAUGAUAGUAUAGUGGUCUAUGUCGCACCGACAAAGGCGUUGGUCAAUCAAGUCGUUGCUACAAUUUAUGCACGGUUUACAAAACAGAUGCCCAAAGGGAGAUCAGUGUUCGGUAUUUUUACGAGGGACUAUCGUCACAACACACUAAAUUCCCAGAUUCUUGUUACAAUCCCCCAGUGUUUGGAGAUCCUCUUUCUCUCUCCGCACAGACAGCAUUGGACGAAAAACGUUAAAUACGUGAUUUUUGAUGAGGUUCACUGUAUUGGUUCAGAAACUGGAGCUGAAGUCUGGGAGCAUCUCCUUCUUAUGAUUCGCUGUCCCUUCCUGGCGCUCUCAGCAACCAUUGGAAAUCCUGAGGAUCUAAGACGCUGGCUGCAAGCCGCUCAAGACUUCCGUGAAAAGCAGGACAGGAAAAACAAUGAAAAUCUGAGGAAGUCAUAUCGGAUCAGAUUAGUUCAAUUUAAAGAAAGAUACUCCGAUCUGGAGAAGAGCAUUUUCCUUCCAAGUCCAAAUAACGAAGGAAAAAAUGUUUACAACGACAACGACAGCAAGGAGUUCGUGAGACUUCAUCCAUGUGCCCAGCUAGGAUACAAACAGCUUCUAGAAAAUGGUUUUCCAGGUGAUAUGGCACUUACACCAAAAGAGUCUCUGCAGUUGUAUGACACUAUGGUUAGUGUGUGGCCAGACUGUGAAUCACUUCAGAAUCUUUGUGCUGAGACAUAUUUCCUGGAAAAUAAAUUGAUCCAAAAGGGUCAUGCGCGGCAAUACGAGAGUGACCUGAAGAAGGAGUUCAAGUCUUGGGCGGACAACAGAGAGUUGACAAAGGUUCAGUUAGUUAUUGAUUCUUUAAACUCAGUAUUUUCGGAAACUCAUUAUUCAACGGAAGAACGGUGGGGUGAACAGAGAAUGACUUUGUAUGGUAAAGCAUUCAUAAAGAAAACUUUUGGAAAACUUAUCAACGAGCUCAAAGCCCAGGAGAAACUGCCUGCCUUGGUAUUUAGCGAUGAUCGUAGACUCUGCGAAGUUUUGGCCCUCGGUUAUGCUCAGAAACUAGAAAACAAGGAACUAGUUAUGCGAAGAGAGGCCGACACACGAGAAGCAAGACUUGCACAGAAGAGACAAGAAAAAGCUGAAAAAAAGUUGCAGAGAAAAAGAGAUGAAAUACAGAAAGAAAGAGAGAAAAGAUUAAACAGCCAACCGGAUGAGCAAGAUGAGAGGGGUUCUAUUUCAGCCGUGAAUGAAAUUCUACCAGAGUGCUCAUUGGCAUUUACAUUUGGGAUUGGAAAAGAGGAUUACGAAGAGAUAAUCAAAAGAAUCUGGUUCAUCUCUGACAAAUCGUUAUUCAAGCGGGCUCUAAAACGAGGAAUCAGCUAUCAUCAUGGCGGAUGUAAUGCCAAAAAGCGCUCGGUGGUGGAAAUGUUGUUCAGAGGCAAAUACCUUCAGGUGGUUAAUUCAACUUCAACGUUGGCUCUUGGUAUUCACAUGCCUUGUAAGACAGUCGUGUUUGCUGGAGACUCGCCCUACUUAAAUUCACUGCAGUACCGGCAGAUGUCUGGUAGGGCGGGUCGGAGAGGUUUCGAUCCCGUGGGAAAUGUCAUUUUCUUCGGAAUUCCUUACCGUAAAGUGCAACGCCUGAUGACUGCAAAUAUCCCGAAGCUUGUCGGCAACUUCCCCAUCACUGUUUCACUGGUUCUGCGAUUGCUUUUGAUGACGACCCAAGCAGAUGACAAGGAAGAUGCCCUCACUAAGGCCCUAGUAUUGCUGUCUAAUCCUUUUAUUUGCCGAAAGUACCCGCAAAUGGAAACCCAGAUCAAGCUACAUUUCCUCUUCAGCGUUGAACUUUUAACUAGACUGUCUCUUAUAAACAAAGAAACCGGAGCUCCACAGGAAAUGGCCGGACUGGCAACCCAUCUUCACUACCAUGAACCCUCCAAUUAUGCUCUGGUCAGUUUUCUACGAUGUGGUCUCUUCCACAAGCUGUGUAAGCCAAGGAAAAACGGUAAAUUUUCCGAAGAUGUUAUGAGGAAAAUGGUGCUUGUUUUAAGCCACUUAUUUGGAAGAACUUAUGUUCAUCCUUCCAUCAUGCUGAGGAGUCCGUCUUCUUCAAAAGUAAUUUUGGAGGAUCUACCGAAUGAAUUUGUCAAGGCAGUCAAAAGCUACAACCGUCAAGUCACCCAUGUGUUCAGUCAGUACCUUGCCACAGUGGCUCAGUGGCUGGAAAAAGACAGAGGAAAGGAUAACAAACUCCCUUUAUCAGGAAUGGAAUUUCCCACAAAAGCCAGCACUGAUGACAUUGACGACAACGAUAUGAUCAAAGUCCUAGCGAACUCUUCUGUACAGUAUUCAGCUUGUUCCUCUUUCGCUGCGCUAUCAGGAAAUACAGACUUACAGUUACAAAACACCAGCCAAAGAACAGAUGACCAAAGUGAAGAUGAGUUUAACAGUGAUGAUGAAGAGUGGGAGGAGGAGCCACUUAAAUAUUUGCUCACGAUCAUUCGUCAGGAUGUCUACACGGACAUGAAUCUUGUACCCAUUCUCCCAGUCAAGAGUACGCUACCUUUGAAUGCUUAUGCUUUGGAUUUUUUCAAGCAUGGAUCCUCCAUAGUCAUUGAGAACGAAAACGGAAUGCAAGCUGGCGAUGUUUACAAUGCUCUCAAGGAGUUUUACCUCACAAUUAAGUCAAUCAGUUGUUCACUGGAAGAGCUGGGUCCUGAAACUGACAAUGUAGUUUUGGCUUUUAACCAGCUGGCACAGGAGUACGGAAAGAAGUUCAAAGAGGAGUUUGAAUAUGGAGCAUAAGAAAUUACAAAUUCAAGCGGUUUAGUUUUAAAUUUUAAAGAUGGUUGGUUGACUUUGUUUCUCAUAAGACUGGUUCACAGACUCUUAUAAUUUGAAUUACAGAUAAACUUAAAGAUAAAAAAAAAAGAGAAAUUUAUAACAAUAUAUGAAGAGCUUUAAACAAAGGUCCAGAGGGCAAUGAUUAGCAAUGUAACACUGAACCAAAGAUGACACGAAAAAUGGAGAAGUAAUUGAUGCUAAGACGUAGUAAAGAGCGCGAAAUUGGUAAACCUGUCCGUAUCAGAUGGGUUUUGCAAGGUGCCUUCUAACAACGUCAUUACAGAGCUUAAAUCCACGUCAGUGUUAUUACAUCUUUACUCGCGAGAUUUGAGAGGUGUUCGUUACACGCUUCACGCGUGACGAUCGAGAAACGCGACCUCUCUCACUCCAACACUGAAUGCCACUGCCUAUUCCCUAAUUUGUUUUAACGUUGUAAAGUAUCUCAAGGUAUUUUGUCACGAUAAAAUUGACCAUUUAUAACACAAUGCUACCUUUGAUUUUUUCUUCAUUUCGUCCAAUGCUUACCGAUUUCACGAUACGGCUAUUAUUUAGGAACCAUGCCGCACGUAUCCAGUGUUUCGCUCUUAAAAACGAAUUCUGCGAGAUUUGAAAGGAGGAGUCGAAGACUAAUGAUUGUGGACACAAGGUUUUUGAAAAGGUAAUCAAAUAAAAGCAAGUAUUUAUCAUGUAUUAUGCAAAGCGAGAGACCUUUUCACUCUUGACAUAAUAGGCGCACUUUCGCACAGAUGCAACCCUGUGUUAUUUUCGCAUACUUUAACCAUCCGUACUAUCCUUUCAUGUCUUAUAACGGAACCUAUGAAAAUAAACGAAUAAUUUCAAAUGUUUCCAUAUAUGAAAUUGUAGAAGAAUAUAAACGAACAAACACACAAGAGACACGAAACUAUUUACGAGAAAUUAUGCAGAAUCCAGCGCGGAAUGUGCGGCAAAGUUCUGUGCACGGCGAAUACGGUAUUUUAUUGUAAUAGGCAACAAAAGGUUAGUGUCGGAAUGACCACCUACCUCGUUUUCAAUACGAGGGUUACGUAUAAUUUAUGAGCCUUUCUAUUACUUCGUUACAAACCUUAGCGUGGACGUAACUGCCA